GGAAAACCUGCGAGGGAGAGUUAAUGUACCUGCCAAAAAUCUAUUGCCAUAAUACCGCAGCUAUUGUUAAAAUCAAUGCAAUUACUUACAUUAAGAUAAUUAUUUCCUCGGAUUUUCUCAGUCGACGGAGAUGCUGGCUAUGAGUGAAUAGAAUGCGUAGUAAAAAACAAGUCUCUACAAAAUCAAGGGAUUAUCCAACUUGAAGACCCUGACGUGCUGUUUACCAGUUUGGAUAGCAAUAACAUUUGAAACAACGCUUCUUGUUUCAUACAGGGAAUAAAGCAUCAACUCAGGUACUGCGCUGCCACCUGCUAAUCUUUCAAGACAAGUCCCAGGUUUUCGAAGUUGCUUUUCUACAAUGUUGUUAAUUACAAUUCUUAUCAGCCUUGCGGCAAACAUCCGGACGCAAGAAAUCACAACAACUGGGUGUGGUACCACAAAGGCCUGCAUUAAGGAGCCAACAUCGUGCACAACAAGCGCAAACUGUCAAUUCCUCGCUACGUGGAAACGCAAGGCUGGUGACGAUAGCACUAUGGAAUUUGAAAUUAGCUCAAAUGCUGCUACCGGUUGGGUUGCUCUGGGUUUCAACGCUGUCGGGCCGCAAAUGGUAUCAACCAAAGGGGAAAUUUGCUACAUUAGUGGUUCCCAGAAAAUUCUUAAAGGAUUUCACGCAACAUCGAAAUCUAGGCCAAAUUUUCAGUCCCCGGCCAGCAAUACCAUGAUGCAAAGCUUGGAAGUAAUCAAUGGAGCCAUUAUUUGCAGGUUCUCUCGACCCCUCGUAGGAUCAGAUUAUCAGAACUCCAUUACCUCCUCUAUUUACCCAAUCUUUGCUUCUGGAGACAUCUCCUCCGGAACAGUUCAAUACCAUAGUGCAAGAAAGGCGCUUGCAAUGGUCAACUUCAGUGCCUUUACAAACAAUGCCAUGACAACAUCAUCAUCAUCAACAAUACCAACAAUAACAGCAACAACAUCAAUUGCAACAGCAACAACAACUGCACCUCUCGCAAUGACAACAGCAACAACGUCAUCUGCCUAUUCUGAAAUGAUGAAGGCGAAUGCAGCAACGACAACAGUGGUUUCCCCAACCACUUCUUUUGCCGUGAGUUCAACAUACAGCUCGCCAUCUAUGCCAUACAAUACCACAACCCCAACGGCUCCUCCUUUAACGAUCGAUCUAUCUACCUGUGGAAAGUCCAAAGGGUGCUUCAAGAUUCCCAGUGGUUGCAACACUGUAAGCUCGUGCAGAUUCGUAGUUACAUGGAUGCCUGAUCAAGACAAAAAGCAAGUGCGUUUCGAAUUAAAAGGCAGUGAAAAUGCCUGGGUAGCAUUUGGACUUAAUGCCGGUGCAAGAGCAAUGCCCGGCACAUACGGUGAAAUUUGCUACAUGUCUGGUUCAACUGCAGUUGUGAAGGCUUUUAAAGCAACAGCAAGAACCUUACCAGCAUUUUCUUCCUCACAGCCAAAUGGGAUAACUGUGCAUGGCUUCGCAAAAUCAGGAGGAACAAUUUGCAGCUAUACAAGACCAUGGGUGAAGACAGACAAUAGCUACAGCACUGAAUUGAAUAAAGAAGCAUACAUUAUUGUUGCAUCUGGAAAUUCAGUCAACGGAGGAGUGCCGUCUUACCACCUAACUGCUAAAGGCUCGUCAGGUUCAAAGUUCAACAUGGCAAAAGCAAUUGGAAACUCUAACAGCGCAAGCAAGAAAGAGACUAAUCUUCUUGUUCUGGUGGCAGUUGGAACAUUUUGCGCAAUGCUUCUGGCACUGGUGAUGUAGAAAGACUAACAUGGUUGACUUACGACGAUACAGCUAUUUAUUUCAUUUUAGUUUCUUAUUACUGGGCUGUUAACUUGUAUUUAUUGUUUGUGUCCACCUGCAACUACUUUGUUUCUACCUAGAAAUAAAAAAGUAAAUAGAUAGUAGAAGUAAUGAGUUUGAAAUAUUUAAUCAAUGUCUUUAUCAUUAAUGGUACUUCUUA